UAUAUGUUUUGCAGUGAGGGGAAGGUGAAAAAUCCCCGGAUAAGACAGUAAACAAGAAGCAUGAGAGACAGUCAGACGAGAGAGUGAGAAGGAAAACACCGCGACGCUGCUUGAUGUGGAGAGAAACACAGAGAGGCUCCAUCCAGCACUUGAUGGGGAUGGGGGAAGGAGGCUCCAGGGAACUCUGUGUAAGAGAGAAAAGGGACAAAUAAAGCCCUGCAAGAAGCCUGCAAAGGCAGGGAACUACAUCCUUCACAGCCCUGCCUGCUUUCACUGUGGUGGACAUUUCAAACCGCUCCGCUCUCGGCCACCCAGGAGAGGUGAUGCAGGAUUAAAUCACAUGCUCCAUCAAGAGUGAUCCCAAACCACUGCUGAGGCCUCAUUCUCCAGCGCUUAAGGUGCUCUUGACCCUUUGCCAGAGGUUAGCGAGAUACAAACGUGGAAGAACGCUGAUCAACAUUAGACACAGUUAAUCGUUUUUCAGUGAGGGUGCAGGGGAAAAGGCCCAGCCACGGCCCACGAGAGGGAGAGGACUCCUGCAGUGGCAGAGGAGAUGGGUAACAAAAACACCAACCUACCCAAAGGCCCUGAAGCCGAGGCCACACAACGAGACGAAGGGGAACUCAUCAGCAGCGCCACGGAAAGUGUCUCCAGAGAUGAAUCACAGGGUCCCACCCCACAGCUGCUGGCCUCCCUGCAAUUCCUCGGAGAAAACAGUGACUACACGCUGCUGCCACACUCCUUGCACCAGAUUGCAGAGGCCUACUCACUUAAACAAGACUACCAGUGGGCCAUCCAGUUCUUACAGCUAGAGAAGCUCUACCAUGAACGGCUGCUCUCCAACCUCACAGUCCUGCAGCAGAGCUGGGAGAGCCAAUGGAGGGAGAAGGACAGCGGCAGCAGCUUGCCUUCUGACACGGACGGCAUGAGCGAGAAACACUUUGAGACGCUGAGCCAGAUGUGCAGAACUCACCUCAGACCAUCCGUCAGUGUGGAACAGAACAAGCUCAACACGACACUCGCAGACGUUCAGACCAAAGCACUACAGCCGCAUCAUGAUGAAGAAACUACGCAGGAGGAAGUAAAGGAACACAGCUUGGAGUCAGAGCAUUCAUCACCACAGACGGGCCCUGAGGAGGAGGAUGGAGAUACAUGUGAGGAAGGGCAGGAAGUAGAAGAAGAAGAAGAGGAGCAGUGUGAGGAGACACCAGAAGAGGAAGAGGUGAAAGUGGAGUGGCCAACAGGAGUACCUCAGGCAUCAGACAAGGACCUGGCUAAACUGUCCCACAAGGAGGGGUCUGCCUGCAGGAAAAAACUCCACAUGCUGAGCAGCUCUCUGUUCUUCCUGGGACACGCCCACAAAUCAUAUCCGUCCUCCCUGAAUGAGACCUUCAUCAUUUUUCUGUUGAGAAAGCCUCCACCCAUGUUCACUGGUGUAGCCUCACACUUGGGAUGUCCACCCUGCCGAGUGUGUUAGAUUACUGAGCCAAGACAUCAUGUUCUGGCUGAACCACUGAGCUGAAGGGGGCUGGUUCCUGCAGAGGUGGGGAUGUAAUCCCAGGAUCCAGGCCUUCAUGGGUUCAGGAUCAUGGCUCAUUUUACAGAAAGCACCCCUUUCCAUCAAAUUUCACAAGGCUUUGAAUGUUUUUCAUCAGCAAAUUUGUACUUCAUUACAUCUCGAAACAAUUACACAAUUCAUUUUAUAAAUUCAGUAGUAACAUGAAAAAUCUGACUCAAAAACCUCCAAAAUGUGAUGACAAACGUUGUGUGACUUGGACAAAUUAUUUAUAUGUUUUGACUAAAUGCUGCGAUGAGCUUAAGCAGUGACUUCUGUGCACAACAAGGUGGGAGUUCACCAAAAAUGAAGUGCAGCAAACAGGCUGAACUAACAGGAUGUCAAACCACUUGUGACGAAAAAGCCAUUUUGUCUGUCAGACCCACACAUUGCUCAUUCGGUCCUCUUCAAACUCAAAUUUGAUUUGUCAUACACACAACCAUACACAGUACGACAUGUGGUGAAAUGCUUAUUGCUGUGCAAUGCCUGAUCGUUAAACGACAGUAAAGACUUAAGUUAGAAAUUUACAGUAAAAAAAGAAUUUGCAAAUACCGAUUUAUGAUAAGAAGUGUCAUCCAAAGCAGCUCGUGGAGAAAAGUGAGCAGCAGGAAGCAGGAUUCGUUUGUAGACCAUACAACAGGAAACUGCUGACAGUGUGAAGAGGCCCCUGAAUGAGCUCGGAGAGGACAGUAAAGUAAGGCACGGUGUCCUGUUUGGGAUGAGUCAUGUUUUAUUACGCUUCGUGGUUUUCAGUGUUUUUAUUAGCACAGUUGUGUUUGUGACUCUUCCAUCAGGCAGCACGUUGGCUGGCUCGGAGAGCUCCACAGCUCUUUCUUACACCCUGUCUUUUAUACAAAUAUAAAACUGUCGAGAUUUUAAUCCCUGGUCACCCACUUUUCACCCAAUGGGUGAACCUAUAUACCUGUAGAUUUGAAUGUUGGCCCUGAAGUGGUUAAAAAAUUGCAGUUUGUCUUACAGCCAAUCAGUGGGUGGAUUUUUUGGGUACUAACAAAUGUUAAACUUGUGGGGCAGGGCGGGAUGUCACUAGACUGACAGUUGUAGUGACACAGGAUAUCGUAGCCAAUCCUGUCUGCUGAGGUUCACCUCAGCUAAUUCCUGCCGGUGAAAUGGACUUUUCCUUUGUGACUGUGUUGUUGGUGCUUUCUAAAGCAUCUUUCAUGAAGCUUGAUGAUUAACAUGGCUUCACUGAUGGCUGCCCCUCUGUGAGCCUGGGUCUGCCAGAGGUUUCUACCUGAUAAAAGGGAGUUUUCCUUCCCACUGUUGCCAAGUGCUCGCUCAUAGGGAAAUGUCCAAUUGUUGGGAUUACCUCUGUAUUAGUGGAGAAUCUUUACCUUACGAUAUAUAAUGCUAAUGUUUCCGUCUUGGUAAAUAAAGUUCCAGUAUUCUAUCAAUAAGUUACUUGGGAUUAAAGGUAGCUAAGCAGGUAUGAGUAUCUUGUGCACCUUUAUCAGUCCAGCUUGGUAACCAAGCUUCUGAGCUGAUAACUUAGCACUCUCCACUGCUGUUGAAAUAUGGUCCCUUUGGGGUCCACAAAAACAGUAUGUUAGCAGGUAAAGCUCCAAAUGAGCUUUGUCCAUUUUUGGAUACAGUCUGUGGUCCCGAGAGGGUAAAUGCUGGCAACCUUGGCGAGUUUUCCUCUAGUAUAAUUAUGAGAUUGGAAUUUGUGGUUUUGAUUUUAGAUGAGAACAAGAACAAGGCGAUAAAUAUGUUUCAAAAGAUUUAUCAAACCAUAUGUUUUUCCCCAUAAUGUCUGAUCCUGGCUGUAUGUGUCCCAGAGUGUGUAUUAAGUUCUGUCUGUAUAGAGUUAACUAUGACCAGUGGAACAUCGAGUACGCCGCUAACAAUGUGGCCUCACACAGUAAAUAAAGGCAGGAGCUGAUGAGGCUGACUGUUCACUGUCACUGCAAAUGGACCCUCUGUGCUGGAUAAAGAUGUUGAAAGCAGUUCCUCCCUCUGACCCUUCGAAUACUUAGCUUGCCCAAUCGUGACUUCCUCCUGAAACACAUUAUUCAGGCCAACACAGAGAAUAAUGUCUGCUUCUGUGUGUGCAGCUGUGCCUCUGCUUGUCCCACUGUCAAAAUCAUAAAUCAACUAAAUUUUAAAAUGGUCAUAUCCAAAGCUGUAGAUGCUUUUAAUCACAGGCUUGAAUGUCGUAACAGUGCUUCUGCUUUGAUUAAACCAAAACGACUAAUUCGACUUGGGCAUUGGUGAAAAAAGGACACUCAAGUCAAAUGUAUUCAUUUCCUGUUAAAAGGGAGUUUUUCCUUUCCACUUUCACCAAGAUCUUGCUCAUAGGGGCUCAUCUGAUUGUUGGGUAUCGGCAUUUUACAGUAUAAAGUGCUAAUGUUUCAGUUUUGGUUAGUAAAGUUUUAUCAGUUUGUUACUUUUAAAAAGCAGGUAUGUGUAUCUGUGGCACCUUUAUGAAUGCAGCAAGGAAGCAACUGCUGCUGCCAAUCUAGGAAGGAUUGUAAGACGAUUUGCAAACAUUUUGAAUUUUACAGCGAGAAAAAGAUUAAUCAAUAGAAAACUUUGUAGACUAUUGUUAAUCAGAGGUGGUUGUCUCAGUAAAUUCACCCCAAGUUCAGACUGUGUUCUACCCCAAGACCUACAGCUCAAGACUCUACAACCCCAGCAUGUUAAAUGUUAAGGUUCAUGGCAGCACAGUUGGAAAAAGACUGAUGAAGUCUGGUUUGUUUGGAAGGAGAAACACUCUUCUCUCAAAUUAAAGAACGUGACAGCACAGCUUAAGACUGCUUAAGUUGGUUUUGAAUAGACCAUAAGACUUCUGGAACGAUGUCCUGUUUGUCCAUAACGCACAGCAGCACACAGCAAAAACCUAAAACAGCAGAUCGGCACAAACACCUCACAGCAACCGUCAAGCCCGGUGGAAAAGGGCUUAUCGUUUCGGCUUUGUUUUGCAGGCUGAAACUGAGCGAUGAAUCUCAGCAGCAAAAGAAUCAAGAUGUCGGAUUGGCCCAGUCAAGGUUCAAAUGUCAGCCUGACUGAAAUGCAUUGCAUUAAUAGAUGCUCAAAGAAAAGUGGACCAAAGUUCAUAUUUCCUCCACAGCAGUGUGAAAGACCAUAAAGUCAUGCAGAAAAUCAUUACUUCAGCUUGUUGUUGCUAAAGGUGGUUCUACAAUCACAGAGUGUACUGAGAACUUCAGUGUUUGUGCACAUAAAGUUAUAUUGAAUUAUCAUUUUGGGUUUUGGCUUCACAGACCGCCUCAGCUCAUUCGACGAGACGGUCAGCGUUGUUCCAAAGUAAUAAUGGUGUUACUGCCUGUGCUUGUUGGCCCGUCAGCCUAAUUCUUCUUUAUUUUAGCACAUUCAUCACAAUCAGAAUUGAUACUAAUAAUAAUGGACUGAUACCAACUCUGCGUUUAAAGUUUUUCUCCUUUAAUAUCCCCAACAUGCACAGUACAGAACUGCUGAAUGGUCAUAAAGGGAUCUUUUCAUUGUUUUUGUCAACAUGACCACACUCCCCAAAGCUGCUGUCCUUCCUUCUUUAUGUUCUGUCU